AUGCAACUCGUCCAUCGAGUAUUGGCUGGCGAUGCACUAUCACCAACCGACAAAAGAGACUGUGUCAUUCUCAUAAAACGAAAAGAUGGACAUGCAAGAUCUAUUGUGGAGCAUUCAGACAUGGUGUCAUUCAUUGCAUCUGCAUUCAAUAAAUCUAAAAUAUCAUUGAAUCUUCAUCUUGAAAUCUUUGAAGCCAAAGGACACAUUCGUGAUCACAUUCCGUUAUUCCGCCGAGCUCGAGUGAUCGUUGGCUCUCAUGGUGCUGGGAUGAUGAAUGUUCUAUGGGCAGCACCAGGAACA